AUGACCGUAUCUACAACAAAAGCCAAUACAUCGAUAACUGAACCUUUAAAAAUCAUUGUAUUGGGAGACAGUGCCUUUGAUGGGAAACAAUUAGACAUUGAGUUUUGGGAUACAGCUGGUCAAGAAAAAUUUGAUAAUAUUCAUCAUUCAUAUUUUCAUCAAGCACAUGCUUGUAUUAUGAUAUUUGAUGCAACACAAAAGGUUACAUAUAAAAAUUUAGAUCGUUGGUAUAAUGAAUUACGCGAUAUUCGUCCACAUAUUCCAUGUUUAUGUGCUGUUAAUAAAAUAGAUGCUGCUAUAGAAGUGACAAAAAAAUUAUUUUCUUUUCCAAAAAAACAUGAUAUGCCAUUAUAUUUUGUAUCAGCUGCUGAUGAUACUAAUGUAGUACGACUUUUUCGUGAUUCUAUUCGUCUUGCAAAUGCUUAUCGUAUGGGUGAUGCACAAGAUUUUAUUGAUCAAGUAUUACGUGAGCUUGAAGUAGGUUGA